GAAGAGGGGACUCUCAACAAGUACUUUAAGCCGACGGGCGAAAAGGUCACGUACAGGACGUUCAAAGUGUUCGCUAUUAACGAUAGCAUCAAAUGUAUGACAGCCAGAGCUAAAGAGAUACUCAAAUGGCGUAAUUACGGAGGAGUACUGUUGAUGGGCUACGAAAUGUACCGCAUAUUGACGUUAGAUAAUAAGGCGAAGUCCAAGAAGGACGAGGACAUCGACCCCAAGAUAUUGGACAACAUUAACGCCGAAGUGAAGGCGUCGCUAAUAGAUCCGGGACCCGAUCUGGUGGUGUGCGAUGAGGGCCAUCGCAUCAAGAACUGCAACGCAGCCACCAGUCAGGCCCUGAAGAAUAUUAAGACAAAGCGGCGCAUUGUGUUGACGGGAUAUCCGCUGCAGAAUAAGCUGAUGGAGUACUGGUGUAUGAUUGACUUCGUCCGUCCCAACUAUCUCGGCCUUAAGGGCGAGUUCACUAAUAUGUUUGAGCGCCCCAUCACUAACGGCCAGUGUAUAGACUCGACGCCAUACGAUCGGCAGAUCAUGAAAUACAGGGCACAUGUGUUGUAUCAGUUGCUCAAAGGCUUUGUUCAACGUCGAAGUCAUUCAGUGCUUCAGAAAGCACUUCCAGCCAAACAGGAGUAUGUGUUGAUGUGUCGCAUGACUGCACUGCAAAAGGAUCUGAUGCUGGCGUUUCUGGACACCGCUAUCAACGAUCCGGACGCCAUCGGAACAGUGAAGGGCCGGAUCUCGACGUUAACGCUGUUCGCCGUGUGCUGUAAGAUCUGGAACCAUCCCGACAUUGUCUACAACAUUGUCCGCAAAGGCAUCACAUCAGAAGAUCUCGACUUAGAUAUACCGACCAAUAAGAAGAAUAAUAACACUAAGAAAUUAGCGAAGAAUAACAGUAGAAAGCAGUCAAACAACGAAUUAGCGGUUCCAACAACCAAUUCAAAGACGGGCGACCACUUGCCGCCACCCAAUCCAUACUCAACUCUUAUGACUAAUCUGUUUAGUACUCCACUGCGUAAUCGAAGCGAUGGAGUGAUCGACUACUCGUGGGCUGAGCCCAAACUCCACGGCUAUUCUGUGGGUGUAUUAGAAAAUUCUUAUAAAAUAGUUUUAUUGUUUGAAAUCAUACGCGAAUGCAUUUCGUUGGGCGAC